AUGUCAUUUCAACCAUCUCCUCUUCGAACCAAAACCCUAAACUUCCAUUUCUAUAAAACCACAGCAAAACCCUAAAUCACCAUACUCAAAAAUCACAAUGUCAUAGCGAGGCAAGUUUACUAUCCCCUUAAUUUUUAAUUUUUUUUUUUUUGCAAAAUAAUGUACAGGACGGGGAGGUUCCGCCGGGAACAAAUUCCGAAUGUCACUGGGUUUACCGGUGGCGGCUACAGUCAACUGCGCCGAUAACACUGGAGCUAAGAGCCUUUACAUAAUCUCAGUAAAAGGUAUAAAGGGUAGGUUGAAUAGGUUGCCAUCAGCUUGUGUCGGUGAUAUGGUGAUGGCUACUGUAAAGAAAGGGAAACCUGAUUUGAGGAAGAAGGUUAUGCCUGCUGUUAUUGUUAGACAGCGCAAACCUUGGCGACGAAAGGAUGGUGUUUUCAUGUACUUUGAAGUUACAUGCCUGGAAAAUAGAAGUGUCCAUCGUUACAGAUGUGUUGAUUCCUUUUAAGCUCGCAUUUGCUCCAUUUGGACUCUACAUAUGUUAUCGAGUUGUAUCAUGUUAAGCUUAUAUAGUGUCUUUACGUAAUCCGAUUUCAAAAUUUUCUUCUUGCUGUGGUGUAUGACUUAAACAAAUCCAGAUAUUAGUCAGGUAACAACCUUCUUAUACAGUGGUUGAUACAGUUACAUGCCUGGAAAAUGGAAGUGUCCAUCGUUACAGAUGUGUUGAUUCCAUUUAAGCUCACAUUUGCUCCAUUUGGACUCUACAUAUGUUAUCGAGUUGUAGCAUGUUAAGCAUAUAGAGUGUCUUUACAUGAAUAUAUUUCAAAAUUUUCUUGUUAUUGUGGUGUAUGACUUAAAACAUAUCCAGAUAUUAGUCAGGUAACAACCUUCUUAUACUGUGGUCGAUACAGUUACAUGCCUGGAAAAUGGAAGUGUCCAUCGUUACAGAUGUGUUGAUUCCUUUUAAGGUCCCAUCUGCUCCAUGUGGACUCUACAUAUGUUAUCGACUUGUAGCAUGUUAAACUAUAUCGGCUAGUUAUAUAUUUUACAUACUUGAAGUUUGCAAGGUGGAUGGAAUGUGCUCUAGUAGUGUUUUGUACUUCUCAAGCACAGCAAUGUUUCUGAAGGUAAUAGCUACUUUUGCUGAGAUCAUAACGUAUGACUAGUAUGUUU